UUCGUACUUGCCAUUGGAUGCGUUCAAUGCGCAAACCAUAUGUAUGAAAUGUGUAUGUCAGACGUGUAUCAUAUUCCUCAUGCGUUUUCUUUAUUGUGUUUUUGUCAAAUGAAACAAUUGCCAUUCAUUACGAAAUUGCGCGAAAAAGAAUGUUAUUUUGUGUAGAAUAAAUUUGUUUUAUUAAAAUUGAACUCGAAAUUUAUGUGGACAAAUCGUUUUCAAGUGGACAAAAAAAGCAGCAUCAAAUCAAAAAACGCAACAUUAUUGUAAUGGCUAGGACUAGAAACAAGAAGCGUAAACAGAAAAAAUCCAAGAUCAAUCAAAGUAGUCAAUUGAAUGACAGUCGACCCAAACAGAUAAACAAUUUGAGCCAAAACGUAUUGUCCAAAUCGGCACAGAAAAGAGCAAAGAAGAAAUGGACUGAGUUGUGGGCUAAGAAUUUACUCAAAGGACCCACCAGCUCGCAAGAUUCGUUAAUUGUUAUAUCACCCGAAAAAACAAAAUUCCUGAGUAAUACCCAAUCAACAGACUAUUCAGAUUCGGAUUCCGAUUGCGAAAUCAUUGAACAAGAAACGCCAAUCAUUGAGAUUGACGCGGACGAUGCAACUGAGCCAAAUACACAAAACGAAACAAGUGAAACGAUAGACAGUGCAUUGGCUAAUGCGACUUGUGCUAGUGAUCCAAGUGACGAAACCACUACCGAACCAAAUACACAGCACACCGCUUCAGUUGUUUCGUGUGCAUCCACUGAAGGUGAACCAACCGUUGCAAGUAGCGAAGUGAACAGUGAACCAAAAACCAAAUCACCGGAGCCAACCGAACUGUUUUUCGUAGACAAAAAUCCGGCCACAAGUUUUGAGGCUCCUAUUUACGAAAUUAUUUCCGGUCCAAGUACAAAUAACGCUCCAAAUAUGGCUCAGAAUUUUCGCAUCACAAUUCAGAAUAAGGAAAACAACGCCAAUUUGGAAAAUUCGUUUGCACCAGAUCCAUUGCUGUCGUCAACUCGCCUGAAUUUAUCAUUUGAUGAGGUGGAAGAAAUUACGGGCAGUUCGUCGAACAACAGUUCGACACCAAAACAACCGACCAAUUUUCACAUUUCAAUCAAUUCAACGUGCGAAAAUGGUCCUGGGCGCUGUGUUAGCGUAGGUAAAGCGUCACCAGUUGCAACUACAACAAAGUGGCAACAGGCAAAUGCCAACCGAAAUAGUGGCACCAGUAGCUAUGGUAUAACAUUACCAGUAAAUGGUAAUAGCAAUGGUGGCCACAACAACAACAACAACAACAAAAACAAGAACAACAACAACAGCGGCAGCAGUAGCAACAGCAGCAACAACAACAAUAACAACAAGUCGAACAAGCGAAAGGCCUCGACCGAAAUUCGAGAGGAACCACCAUCAAAGAAGAGCCACAGCGAAUCGUCUGAUGUUAUUAUUGUGAAUGACACCAUUGCCGAUGAAGAUGAUUCGGUCGUUUUUGUGUCUGAAACUCUCGACCAUCAAAAUCGAAACCGAGUCGCUUUAGCUCGUCGCUUUGCAGCCAGUCUAGCGGCCGAUUACAUAUCAUUGGAUCGAGAAUUAUUGGGUAAUGUUUCGGGCAACCAAACCAAGAAUUCGCCAAAAUCCACACGUGCCAAGAGGAAGCAGGAGCGUAAGAAGGCGGAAAAAGAACGGGCUGCUCAAACUAAACUCAAGGGAAUAACAAAACAGGUGAAAAAUAACCAAAACAACGGCAAAAUGAGCCGUUUUGGUGUGAAAAAUCCGAUGUUACCUAUCGAUAGACCUGCAACGUUGGCAGGUCCGUCGACAGCAAGAGCAACGGCAACGGUGACAUCGAACAAAGCCACGAAGAAAAAUGUUGCUAUGGAAUAUGAGAAGGAAAAGAAGCUGUUCGCAGAAAAGCCAGAAUUGUUUGAAAAACGGAUGAUUGUCAUCGAUGGUAGCAAUGUUGCUUAUUCACAUGGUCUCAAGGAUAAAUCGUAUUCCGUAAAGGGAAUAGAAUUAUGUAUCAAAUAUUUUGAAGACCGUGGUUUCGAAGUUCGAGCUGUUGUUCCACAAAUGAGGUGGAAACGCAACAUGUCAACUGAUCCCGACACAUUGGAGCGUUUGAGGAACGCUGGAAAGGUCGUGGACACUCCAUGCAAGAAUUUACCAGGUCAACGAUCCAGCAGCUAUGAUGAUCGUUUCAUCUUGGAAAUUGCGGAACACAAGAAUGCGGCCAUCAUUUCGAAUGACAAUUAUACUGAUUUGCUUAACCAAAGCGUUGUAUGGGACGAGAUUAUCAAGGAACGUGUCGUUGGUUUCACAUUUUGCGAUGAUCUGAUCAUGAUUCCACAGGAUCCGUACGGGAAAAAUGGUCGAACAUUGCAGUUAAUACUGCACAAAUUGAAAGAUGAUGCACAAAUCGAGUAGAUCAACUGAUCGGCGAAAAAAAAAUACAUUUAAAAUCUCUAUUUUGAUAUCAAGUCAAAUUUAGAAUCUAAUCGUAGGAAAUACGAAUAUUGAUAGUUAAAUAUAUAUAUAUUUAUAAUCAAAGUGAACAGAACGUCUGAAAGAACGUUACAAUGUAGGAAAAAGAAAUAAACACGGAAUAAAUAUUAUAUUUUCAACAAUCGUA